AUGUUAUUUGUGUGUGCAAAUUCUGAGAAUCGCUUCUUUGUACGAAGUGCUAAAUCAGUGUUUAAUGAUAACCUUCGGGCUUACUGAAUUUUUGUUCAUUAUUUUCGCAUUAAUUUUUAAAUCAAAGUAUGUAUUGAAUCUGUAGCUGGUUUUGUUGACCAGCCAAAGUGUUGCCAUUGAAAGUGCUACAACCUGCAGUUGAAUUGGCCAAUUCAGCUUUAGUUGUCAAGUAAAAUGCUGAAUGCAUCAUCAGCGUCUUUAGCACAUUUGCCGCCCGCCCCUCUGGACGGACGAGGGCUCUUUUGUGUUUGCAUUGGGCAUACGCCACGUAGUACAAGUAGCAUCACGUUGCUCUUGCCGCCGCUUGGCAAAAUAUUUGCUUGGGGUUUUUGCGGGCAACAAACAAGACUUUUGAAGAGCUUAGCUAUGCAGCAACAAUGUCCUCCGCCAGCUGUAAGCAUUUGCUGAUGUGCAAUGUGCAGUUGGCAGCCAAGUGGGUAACGCCCCCGGACUCAAUAACAAUUUCACGUUCUAGUACCCAAAGUGCAGCACAAACAUGAAAUCAAAUAAAAUCAAAUAUCGACGGACUAUAAAACUGUGGCAUGCUUUUAAAUAUGGAUCAGUCAGUCUUAGUUGUCUAUCGAAAUGCGAUUGUUAUUAAUAUAACUAUGCUUAUUAUUCAGACAGGGUAUCUCUUAAUUGUAUAAAUUGAUAUGAAUGCAUAUGUAUGGUUUAUAGCAGGGGUACUGUAUUUAACUUAUUCUUAUCAAAUAUAGACAAGACUUUUGGCGAACACGAUCGAACAAUCUAUUUAAACGCAACGCUCAGAAAUUAUUCAUCAGUUAAGGAGAAGUUGCGCUGCGAUGAAGUUCUUCUGGAUUAGCUUGGGCCUCGUGUGCUAUUUUUCACAGGAUUGUCUUGGUGUUUCGGUCCGACGACCAUUUAAUUACGGAUCUACAUCAUAUGAAAUUCCGGAAGAUGAAUCCAAAAGUGCUGCAGAAGUUGUUGUUGGCAGCGCCGCUCAUUCAGAUAUUUUCAGAUUAAAAGAGGAACUAAAUGAGCUGUACGGAAUGGUCGAUGAGUAUAUACAGUCCAAUUAUGAUAACAAUUCUAGUGAGCUGAAACACUUAACGGCGACGGAUAUUAUUAGGAAGCUUAUAGAUACCAACGCGACUCACACUUUGAAUAGUUUGCGUUCGUCAUGCCCACCAUAUAGGAAUGCACAUGGCAUUCAUACGGCCAAUGUUACGGGUCUGCCACCCUUUCAAGUGCUGUGUAAUACAAAUCUAGCCGGUCCGGGCUGGACGGUGAUUGCAUCCCGAACUGUCGGCGAUCUAAACUUCUUUCGCAACUGGCGGCAAUAUAAGCAAGGUUUCGGCAAUCUGACCAAUGAAUUCUUUAUUGGUCUGGAUAAACUACACGCCAUAACUGCCUCACAGCCGCACGAACUCUACAUCUACUUUGAGGACUUCUCGGGCAAUAGGCGUUAUGCACGUUAUGAUGAAUUUUUAAUUGGUACAGAAAGUGAAAAAUAUGCUAUCAAAAAAUUGGGCAGCUAUUCCGGAGAUGCGGGCGAUUCUUUAACACGUCACGCCAAAAAGAAAUUCUCCACACAUGACAAUGACAACGAUGCUAAUUCCGAAAACUGUGCCAUUGAACGUAUGGGUGCUUGGUGGUAUGCUGAUUGUACCGACAGCAAUCUAUUCGGACUCUAUUUGGGUGGCAAAUACCACAGUAAAUUAUUUGCAAAAGGUAUGUUUUGGAUUACGUGGCUAGGCACGGAGUAUUCAUACAAAGUGCUGCAAAUAAUGGUGCGACCAAAAUGUCCCUGCUCCUACUCAGGUUAAUUGGAUUCAAAACACCUUAGCAUAGCAAUAAUAAUGAAUAUAAAUAAACAUAACUCUUUGAUUAUAAAUGUAUGUAUGUAUAUGUGUACGUAUGUAUAUUAUACCUUGCGCACAAACAGAAAAAAAAGAGUUAGGCAUAACCAUUUUCAUAA